AUGUCUUCCGAAACAUAUCAUACGGCAAAGGAUUCUUUUUUCGUUAAUUCUAGUGAACAUAUUCAAAUUGAAGUUUUGCAUUAUCCUCCUAUUAAUAAAACUCAGAAUUAUCCACCAAUUUUAUUCAUCCAUGGAGGUUUUCUUGCGGCUUGGUCUUGGGAUGAUUUUUCUCAUUGGUUUUCGGAUAAAGGAUUUGAUUGUUAUGCAAUGAGUUUUCGAGGACAUGGACAAAGUACGAAGACUCCUAAUAAGGACAAAUGGUGGUCAUUAAAUGAAAUUACACAAGAUAUCUCAGCUAUAACUGAUGAAAUUAUUGCUAGAACAAAAGUUAAUCCUAUCCUUGUUGGGUAA